CAUGGAGGAUCAUGGCGACGGUGUCCAUCCCAACGGACGGAGGAGAGGGGGCUGUGGGAGCAAGGACGGCACGGGUUACCGUGGCGUCCGGCGGCGCCCGUGGGGGCGCUACGCGGCGGAGAUCCGCGACCCGAAGUCGAAGGAGCGGCGCUGGCUCGGCACCUUCGACACGGCGGAGCAGGCGGCCUGUGCCUACGACAUUGCGGCGCGCGCCAUGCGCGGCCUCAAGGCGCGGACUAACUUCCACUACCAACCUCCUAUAAUCUCCUCCUCCUCCUCCUCCUCCACCGCCGCCGGAGGCCAAACUCCCUCCGCCGCCUCCGCUGCCAUUCUUCACUCCUCCGACUGGCCUUGGCCCGACACUUCGCUUCUUCUUCGCGAUCUCGCCAACCAUUCGAUCCUUAAUUUCAACGCUUGCCCUUCCUGCUCCCUUCCCUCUUCUCUCCCGAGCCCCAACUUUCUCCCCCAUUCCGGCUCAAUCACUGCCUCUGCUGCUCCCUCGUACAACUUCAGCACUACUCCGAGUUGGACCGCCGCCGCCGCUCCAUCACCACCGCCCGCAGCUACCGAACUCUUCGCCGUCGACGACGAAGGCGAUUUCUUCCGCACGGAACCUCCCGGCUCCGGCCUCCUCCAAGAGAUCGUCAACGGCUGCCGGAAACAGAGCAAGCGAACCGAAAAACCCCUCCACUCCACCUUCGACAGUAGUUCUUCCAUCUGCGACGCUGCCGGCAACUUCCCCAUGAUCCCUCCGGGCCGCCUCGUCCUCGAGGACAUCAUCCGGUACCCGGACUUCUUCGAGCUCUCAUCCACCAACUCGCACCAAGCUUAA